CUGUACCUAAAAGUUAAAUGGCGGGAUCAGAUAGCUCCGAGGAAGACGAGCCCAUUGCGGCGCCGCAAGCGGUCCCUGCGCCCCCUGUACGACGCUGUCUAAAUCUCCAGCGUCUUGUCUGUCUUGCCAUAUUAAUAUCUCCCGUGCUCUCGCUCCGUAGAAGGCGUGGAUGGACGAAGACGCCGACGAGGAGGAGGAGGACGCCGAUCUGAGCCAAUUACAACGCCAGCGCACGCCCAAAUUCAAGCGCUGCGUUGCCGCCGUGGAGAAGGACCAAUGGAACGCCGACGCGUGGAUCGCGCUCAUGAACGAGGUGCAGCUGCUGCCCAUUACCGAAGCCCGUGAGCACUACGAGGCCUUUUUGAAGCAGUUCCCCACCUCUGGGAGAUGGUGGAAACUCUACGCCGAGCACGAGCUGCGAGAGAAACAGUACGACCGAGUACAGGAGAUCAUCAAGAAGUCGCUCAUGCAGCUGCGCUGUCCCAAUGUGGAUCUCUGGCGCUUCUAUUUGGACUUCACUAAGGUUGUCAAGCUGGAUGUGGCUGUGGACUCGAAGGACGCGGCGGCUAUUGCCACAGCCAGACAACUCAUGGUGGACGCCUUCGAACUGGCGGUCGAGAGAGUGGGGGGCUCUAUCCAUGCAGCCCCUAUCUGGCAGAUGUACUUGACCUUUGUGCAGGAGGAACAGGACCCGCAGGCCUUCUUGAACGUGAGGAAGCUCUACCAUCGCAUGGUUAUGGUGCCACUCAAUGGCAUGGAAACGAUCUGGAGAGACUACGAGAAAUUUGAAAGAGCCAUCCCAAAUAACGAGGCGUUGGCACAGAAUUUCUUCAAGGUCUUCAGACCAAAGUUUGACGCGGCACGAGCGGUGCUGCGAGACCGUAAAAAGCUGUACGACCAGGUGAAUACAAACGCUCUGGCUGUCCCUGCGACGAGCUCGAGGGCUGAUACAGCGGAUAUGGCCAACUGGCAGAAGAUUCUCGCGCUGGAAAUGGGGAACCCCGAGAGAUUAGACGCGCUGCGUCUCAAGUCGCGUAUGCGCUACACGCUCGAGCUCUUUGUGAGCGUCAAGCGGCAUUAUCCCGAGGCAUGGUACCAAUACGCUGCGUACGAGAACCAAGCGAAUGAUCCGGAUGCAGCGACCAGCGUGUUUGAACGAGCGAUUGAAGCAAUCCCCGACUCGAGCUACCUGCACUUUGCAUUUGCUGACCACCACGAACUUCGUGGAGAUAUUCCCGCUGCUAAGGCCAUUUACGAAAAGUUGCUCAAGGAUCAUGUGUCGGCUCUCGCAUAUGUCACGUAUCAACGCUUUGCUCGCCGAGCGUACGGCGCCAAGGGGCUAGCAGAGGCUCGAGCAAUCUUUAAGAGAGCACGCAAAGACGAACGGGAGGGAGCGUGUACAUACCACGUAUUCGCUGCGUCAGCCCUGUUGGAGUUUUACAGCGACAAUUCCGAAGCCGGGAAAGACAUUGCACUCAAGAUCUUUGAGCUAGGCUUGAAGAAAUGUAUUCAGGAGCCUGCCUACGUGUUGUGCUACCUUGACUUCCUCGGCCAUCUUAAUGAUGACAACAAUAUGCGGUCCUUGUUCGAGAAGGUGUUGUCGGUCAUGCCGUCGGAGGUAUCACGCCCGAUUUGGGACCGAUACGUUGAGUUCGAGCACACAAUGGUAGCCAGCGGUGGUGAUCUCGCCACUGUUGCAAAGGUGGAAGCUCGGCGGGCCAUGGCGUUCCCGGAUGAACCAUUCGUGGAGAUGAAAGGACUACUGAGUAUUGCCCACCGGUAUUCAUUCCUGGACUUGCGGCCGCCGACGAGUUGUGAUCAGAAUUUCCUCGACAUGUAUCGUUCGUCGUCCCGAGGUGGGUCCUCUGGAGCCAAUCGUGAUGAUGACGAUGGAGAAGGAAUGGGAGGCGCAGGAGGAUUCAAUAUUGACAUGGACAGGCAAAUUCCUGGUCCUCCGUUGCCUGAUUUCUUGAAGGAGUUUGCAGGGAUGUUGCCGUUGAAUCUGCCCUGGAACGGGCCGAUCGCUGAUGUGGAACACAUCUUCCGCGCCAUGCUGCUAGUGGAUUUCCCUCCUCGUUCGCGCAUUGAGCAGAUGGCGCAACAACAACAGCAGCAGAUGCAACAGCAACUAGCACUUCAGCACCAACAACAGCUUCAGCAACAAGCUGCUGAAGCUGAAAAGAAUAGUGCGCUUGGCGACGAUGACGGCGCGUCUGGAGUGGUCAGCAAGCGACCCGCUCACGAUAUCUUCCGCUCGCGUCAAAAGCAAAAACUGUCGAAACUCGGAUAGUUUACGGUGGGACGAGUAGAGAAGGCUCGAAUACUAACAUCACGAGCUCUUGUGCGUCUUCUUUUGCUUUUUGAAGUUGACGACAAUGGUCGGAAAUCCCAGGUCCUCGUUGUCCUGCAGUCCCACCGCAGACUUUUUUCUUCCUGUUACAACCUUGCCAUUCGGUGCGUAAGACUUGACAACAAACCCAUCAGCGCCAUCGUCCUCUUCUUCAGACAGCGAGUCCUCAUCAAGUUCCUCUAGUUCCUCGUCGUCCUCGAGAUCGGUCUCAUCGUCAUCAUUGUCCAUCGACAGAGCAGGACGCCAAUCUUUGAGAAGUGCAGCUGUGAGCUCCUUUGCCUGGAGAGUCCGACACGCAGAGACGAGUUUGUCGUCGCUCAGCAUCACAUCUCGAUGCUCGUAGUCGCUCCAAAUACUUUCCGCAGACUCCCAGUCGAUCUUUGCUGUUUCCAAUGCGAUGUUAUUCACCGCACUAUUCAAUGACAACACAAGCACAGUUAAGGA